AAACCUAAUACUACUAUUGGACGGGAACAAGCAGACACACAGACUAUAAGACGCACGUCGAGGCAGACAGACAUCGCAGAAGAAGCAGAGCUUGACAGAGCUGAGCAGAGCGAGAGAGAGACAGACAGACACAUAGAGAGAGCAAUGGGGUUCGGCGUGGUGUCCCUCCUCAACGCGGUGUUCCGCCGGGCCUUCACCUCGGCCGGCCUCCGGCCAAGCUCCGUCGCCGUCGACGCCGACACCACGCUCCACUUCUGGGCGCACCCCUCCCUCCUCUCCUCCCCCGACGCCGAAUCCAAGCAGCAGCGGGGGCGGCGGCCGGUGGUGGUGCUGAUCCACGGCUUCGGCCCGGACCCGACGUGGCAGUGGGCGGCGCAGGCGGGCCCGCUGUCCAAGCACUUCGACCUCAUCGUGCCCACGCUGCUCUUCUUCGGCGCGUCCACCACGCGGGCCCCGGGCCGCUCCGACGCGUUCCAGGCGGCCGCCAUCGCCCAGCUCCUCGCCAGCGACAGCCUCGUCGGCGGGGAGGGGCGCGUCGUGCACGUGGUGGGCACCAGCUACGGCGGGCUGGUGGCGUACCACCUGGCGCGGGCGCUGCAGCAGGGAGGAGGGGCGUGGACGGUGGGGAAGGUGGCGGUGUGCAGCUCGGACCUGGCCAAGGGGCCCGAGGACGACCGGGCGCUGGCGGCCAAGGGCGGCGUGGCGGACGUGACGGAGCUGAUGGUGCCGGCGGACACCAAGGCGCUGCGGCGGCUGAUGGACAUCUGCGCCCACGGCCCGCCCAAGUACCUCCCCGAGUGCCUCGCCCGCGACCUCCUCCGGAAGUGCUUCGCCGUCCAGAGAGAGGGGAAGAUCGAGCUGAUCAAGGGGAUCGCCUCCGGGCACGGCUUCCAGAUCACCCCUCUCCCUCAGGAGGUGCUGAUCGUGUGGGGCGAGUUCGACCAGAUCUUCCCGGUGGCCAAGGCGCACAAGGUGAAGGAGAAGCUCGGGGAGAAGGCGACGGUGAGGAUCAUCCCCAACACGGGCCACCUGCCGCAGCAGGAGGACUCCAAGCUCUUCAACCAGAUCCUCCUCGACUUCCUCCUCCCUCCGCCUUCCUCCUCCAAUGGCAACGCCGCCAAAUAGUAGUAGCUAGCUAGAGAGGCUGCCGCUUGAUUUCAUGCAGGUGUGUCACGUAUGUGGUGUAAGUGGCACUGUGGCAGCACUGCCGCUUGAUCGGUACGAGACUCUUUCGUCUUUAUUUUACUUUGAAAUGAGAGGAUCAGUACGUAUUGACA